UCUGAGAAACCUUGGGGACCAUUUCGAACAUGCACAGAUUUUGAGUUUGCUAAGAUUGCUCUAAAUGCUGCACUCAACAAAGAUCAAGUCAAUGCAUUGAUCAAUAUUAUUAAUGCAGUCGCCAGUGGCAAGGCUGAAUUUACCAUAGCCAGUGAUAUGGAGCUU